CCGCGGUCCCCGCCGUCCCCGCCGCCCGAGGCCCCGGGGCCGCGGGGACUUUUAUUCUGACACGGCCGGCGCCCGGCUCUGCUUAGUCAUGGUGACCUGCGCGCGCUCCGCGCCUCCCCCCGGCGCGCAGCGAUGGAGGCGCCCGGGCCUGGGCGACGGAGGCGGAGCUCGAGCGCGGCCAUGGCGGGGCCUCUGAGUGCCCGUGGUGGUGUUGUCCCUUGUCACCUGGAACCCCAUGCAGCCGGAACCGAGGCCUAGCGGGGCUGGGGCCCGCACCCGAUUCCUUCCCCUGAGGUCACAGCGCCCCGAGGGGGCAGGGGACACGGUGAUGUACGCCUCCACCGAGUGCAAAGCCGAGGUGACGCCCUCCCAGCAUGGCAACCGCACCUUCAGCUACACGCUGGAGGACCACACCAAGCAGGCCUUUGGCAUCAUGAACGAGCUGCGGCUCAGCCAGCAGCUGUGCGACGUCACGCUGCAGGUCAAGUACGAGGACGCGCCAGCCGCCCAGUUCAUGGCUCACAAGGUGGUGCUGGCCUCAUCUAGCCCCGUCUUCAAGGCCAUGUUCACCAAUGGGCUGCGGGAGCAGGGCAUGGAGGUGGUGUCCAUCGAGGGCAUCCACCCCAAGGUCAUGGAGCGCCUAAUUGAGUUUGCCUACACGGCCUCCAUCUCCAUGGGUGAGAAGUGCGUGCUCCACGUGAUGAACGGCGCCGUCAUGUACCAGAUCGACAGUGUUGUCCGCGCCUGCAGUGACUUCCUAGUGCAGCAGCUGGACCCCAGCAACGCCAUUGGCAUUGCCAACUUCGCCGAACAGAUCGGCUGCGCCGAGCUGCACCAGCGCGCCCGCGAGUACAUCUACAUGCACUUUGGAGAGGUGGCCAAGCAGGAGGAGUUCUUCAACCUGUCCCACUGCCAGCUGGUGACUCUCAUCAGCCGGGACGAUCUGAACGUGCGCUGCGAGUCCGAGGUCUUCCACGCCUGCAUCAACUGGGUCAAGUACGACUGUGAGCAGCGGCGGUUCUACGUGCAGGCGCUGCUCAGGGCUGUGCGAUGCCACUCGCUGACCCCCCACUUCCUGCAGAUGCAGCUGCAGAAGUGCGAGAUCUUGCAGUCGGACUCCCGCUGCAAGGACUACCUGGUCAAGAUCUUCCAGGAGCUCACCCUGCAUAAGCCCACACAGGUGAUGCCGUGCCGCGCGCCCAAAGUGGGCCGGCUCAUCUACACCGCCGGCGGCUACUUCCGCCAGUCCCUCAGCUACUUGGAGGCCUACAACCCCAGUGACGGCACUUGGCUCCGACUGGCAGACCUGCAGGUGCCUCGCAGCGGCCUGGCAGGCUGCGUCGUGGGCGGGCUGCUGUACGCCGUGGGCGGGCGCAACAACUCGCCCGACGGCAACACCGACUCCAGCGCCCUGGACUGCUACAACCCCAUGACCAACCAGUGGUCGCCCUGUGCCCCCAUGAGCGUGCCCCGCAAUCGGAUUGGCGUCGGGGUCAUCGACGGGCACAUCUAUGCCGUUGGUGGCUCCCAUGGCUGCAUCCACCACAACAGUGUGGAGAGGUAUGAGCCAGAGCGGGACGAGUGGCACCUGGUGGCCCCCAUGCUGACGCGCAGGAUUGGGGUGGGAGUGGCCGUCCUCAACCGUUUGCUCUAUGCCGUCGGGGGCUUUGAUGGGACAAACCGCCUCAACUCAGCCGAGUGUUACUACCCAGAGAGGAACGAGUGGCGGAUGAUCACCCCCAUGAACAGCAUCCGGAGUGGGGCAGGAGUCUGUGUCCUGCACAACUGCAUCUAUGCCGCGGGGGGCUACGAUGGUCAGGACCAGCUGAACAGCGUGGAGCGCUAUGAUGUGGAGACGGAGGCAUGGACCUUCGUGGCCCCCAUGAAGCACCGGCGAAGCGCCCUGGGGGUUACCGUGCACCAGGGGAGGAUCUACGUUCUCGGAGGCUACGAUGGCCACACGUUCCUGGACAGCGUGGAGUGUUACGACCCAGACACCGACACCUGGAGCGAGGUGACCCGCAUGACAUCCGGCCGGAGCGGGGUGGGUGUCGCCGUCACCAUGGAACCCUGCCGAAAGCAGAUCGACCAGCAGAACUGUACCUGUUGAGCCACUUUUGUUUCUUGAGCAAAAAAAUGGUCCGGUCGAGAGUAUUGUUUUUGUACGAAAAACGGGGACAAAAGGAAAAGGCGACAGAGCCAAUGCUUGUCCUCCCAGAUGGGAGGCUGGGAUGCCUCGGUGUUAAAAUGACAACUAGAGAGAAAAGGAGGCCAGAGUGGGAACCCACGAGCCUGUCAGAAUAGUCCCAGGAAUGGCCAAGACAGCCUUUCUGGGAAGGGGGUGCAUGAAGGGCAGGCUCCCAGGAGAGAGGCCCCUGCACCCACUCCCUGCACACAGGCCCGGGGCCCGUCCCAGCGCCACCACCUCCCUUUGGGAUGAAAGCAGGUGCCGAGGUCAGGCCGGUUUUUGUUCCUUGUGUCUUUGUGAUUGGUUCCUGGAGGCCUGGGAAGGAGCCGACUGAGGCCUCGAGGGGCGAGGCCUCUGUGGAGGUAUGGACCCCAGGGGUGGCCCUGUACAUAGAAACCACUGGAUAUCUCUGCCCUGGACAGUCGUUUUGUUGAUAAGUAACCAUAUAACUUUCCAAUGAAAAUAAAGAACAAACUAACUAGUGUCUUCCA